CUGGUCCCUGCUUCUUCAAUGUGCCUUCCCCUAACUGGAAAUCGAGGCUUCAUCCCCCACUUGGAAACUUGAAGUCUACUUGGGUGUGCUAGACUGACUUUUCUUUGUGGUCAUUAUAUAUAAUAUUAUAUUUCUAUGUUGCACCUUUCACUCCUCAUUGCCUAUGCAUCUCUUCAUCUUCUUCAUCCUUUUUGAUUCCAUCUUUCUUGAUACAAUGGCCUCCAAUGGAAACCACACAACAUUGCAAGAAGGUCAGACUCCACUACAGCUGCCUAAAGCAGAACAAAGGGACUGUCAUGUCAAACCUGGGGAAUAUGGAACAGUUCUUUUCACAUCGACGGAUCGCAAUUUCAUCGAGUUUGAUGAAGGAUGGGAGUUUCUGCAGAAGGGGAUCACAAAGUUGAAGAGGAUCGUAGAAGGGAUGCCAGAAACUCAGUUCAGCUCAGAAGAUUAUAUGAAUCUCUACACGACUGUUUACAAAUUGUGUACUCAGGAUCCCCUUAAUGAUUACUCUCAACAGCUUUAUGACAAAUAUCGGGAGACAUUUGAGGUUUACAUUACUUCAACGGUGCUUCCUUCUCUACGAGAGAAGCCUGAAGAGUCGAUGCUGCAGGAACUUGUCAAAAGAUGGACAAAUCAUAAAGUUAUGGCAUGGUGGCUGUCACGCUUCUUUCAUUUUCUCGAUCGCUACUUCAUCACGAGGAGGUCGCUUCCCUCUCUAAAUGAAGUUGCCCUUAUCUCCUUCCGUGAUUUGGUUUAUCAUGAAGUGAAUGCUAAUGCCAGAGUUGCUGUGAUUGAUCUCAUCUGCAAAGAACGUGAAGGAGAGCAGAUUGAUAGAGAGCUAGUGAAGAAUGUGGUAGACAUGUUUGUUGAAAUCGGAAAUGGGAAAAUGGAUGCUUACGAAAAGGACUUGGAAGCUCACAUGCUGGAAAACACUGGCGAUUACUAUUCUCUUAAAGCGUCGAGUUGGGUUCUAGAGUAUUCUUCUCCAGAUUACAUGUUGAAGGUCGAUGAAUGCUUGAGAAUGGAGAGGGAGAGAGUUUCUCAUUACCUGCAUUCAAGCAGUGAGCAGAAGCUGGUGAACAAAGUUAAGGAUGAGUUGCUGGUGGUUUAUGCAAACAAUGACAUAAAGUAAUGAAGGAGACAUUUCUAUCCCAUUUGCUUUCCAAGUGUAACAAAGAUUUUAAUUCUAUCAUUUUCAUGGAAGACUACAAUAAGGGCUUAUUGACAAUUCUUUCUUUGCAGUAUAUAGUUAAUACUUAUUGAUUACAAUAUAUCUAGUAGAUAAUUACAUGGAAUUAGAAGGGAUUACAAGUCAACAAACUUAAUCCAAGGAAACAAUAUAAAGUGAGAAUUAAAGAAUUAUGGACCCUCUAAUGCCGUGUUGGAAAGGUAAGGGGAAGCAAAGAAAGUGCCCAUAG